UUUUCGAAAUGGCUACUAAAAAUAAAAGGACAUUGUUAGAACGUUAUGGUAUUCCACUUAACCACUUGGACUUUGAAUAUGUAAAAACAUGUACAAAUGCCAAUGAAAUGGAAAAAAUUGUGCAAAUAUUACGCUCAGGCGAAGAAGGAUAUUACCCUGACCUAACUAAAUCUGCUGAAGAAAAACUGCGUGAAUUACAACCUAACAGCAAACUUUUCAAUUACGAGGAGCAGUUGCGAGAGCGUAGUGCAUUACCGUUGGAUGAAUGGAAACGAAUAUAUAAUUGGAAUCAGGACAUCAAAAGCACGGACCAGAUGUUAAAUGAACUGAGUAUCAGCGAUAAAGAGGAAAAGAAAUUUGAACUGUCUUUUGCUCCUAUACGCAAAGGGGGUAAAAUUUUUGAUAAACAAGAGAAGAAUGACAAUGUUGAAACCAAUUUGAAAUACAUUAAUAAUUCAAAGCGUAUUAAGUCUACAGAUUAUGCGCAAUGGGAUAAGUUCGAUGCAGAAGAAGAAAUACUGCGUAUGGAUUUAGAUGAAGAACGGAAUCUGGAAGAAAUUGAACGAAAAAAUCGCUACAAUCAGAGUACUUAUGGCGAUCAUGAAACAAAGUUUUCAACUAUUAAGGAUGUGGAACAUAAAAGGAAACAGCUUAUAGAGUCUUUGACUGAAUUAGAACAGCAAAAUGUGGCAGAAGA